CGAGCUCCCAUUGUUCCAACUCCAACUCUCCCCUGUAUCCCAUUUUCUCCCAUAUAUAUACACACAAAUUCCGUCUUCUCUUUAUUUAUUAGGUGAGGCAAAAAACGAAAAGGUCCAAGCUUUGAGAGUAAGAGAGAGAGAGAGAGGGGGGUUAUGGUUGAUUGAUUUUGAUUCUUCUUUAACAAGUUUUUAUUGCAAAAAAGGAAAUCAACCAUGGCUGUUUCUCCAUCUUCCAUUGCUACUGAUCACAAGAAACACUGGUGGGUUACCAAUAGAAAGCUUGUAGAUAAGUACGUCAAAGAUGCGAGGUUCCUCAUCGCAACGCGGGAACGAAACGACGUCACUUCCGCCCUCGUUCUUCUCGACGCGGCCUUGGCCCUCUCGCCUCGUUCCGAGUUGGCUCUGGAACUCAAAGCGAGAUCUUUGCUCUACCUCAGGCGAUUCAGGGACGUCGCCGAUAUGCUUCAAGAUUACAUCCCCAGCCUCAAAAUGUCGAGCGACGACUCAUCUGGCUCCGUCUCCUCGGAUAUCUCGUCUCAACAGCUCUCGAGGGAGCAAGUCAAGCUUCUCCAUUCUGAUAACUCGUCGUCGGGUUCACCGGUUCAUGACCCAUCUUUCAAGUGUUUCUCCAUCUCGGACUUGAAGAAGAAAGUCAUGGCUGGGUUGUGUAAAAACUACGACAAAGAAGGGCAAUGGAGGUACUUGGUUCUAGGCCAAGCAUGUUGCCACCUAGGCCUAAUGGAGGACGCCAUGGUCUUGCUCCAAACCGGGAAACGCCUCGCCUCCGCCGCGUUCCGCCGAGAAAGCAUUUGUUGGUCCGAUGACAAUUUCACCCUCCCCGUCAUUAUAACCACCCCAGACAUCUCUUCCGCCGCAACGCCUCCCCGCAACGUCAGCUCUCUCUCCCAGUCCGAAAACAUUUCCCACCUCCUAUCCCACAUCAAGCUCCUCAUCCGCCGCAAAAGCGCCGCAAUCGCUGCCUCGGAUGCCGGCCUAUACUCAGAAUCCAUCCGCCAUUUCUCGAAAAUCGUUGACGGCCGCCGCCCUGCCUCUCAGGGCUUCCUCGCAGAGUGUUACAUGCACCGAGCCUCCGCUUACAAGGCCUCGGGUCGCAUAGCCGAGUCGAUCUCGGAUUGCAACAAGACCUUAGCCUUCGAUCCUACUUCCAUCCAAGCGCUUGAAACCAGGGCCGAACUGUUGGAAACAAUACGCUGUUUGCCCGACUGUUUGCACGACCUUGAACACUUGAAGCUCCUUUACAAUUCAAUCAUGCGUGAUAGAAAGCUUCCAGGUCCACCAUGGAAGCGUCACAAUGUGAGGUACAGGGAGAUACCAGGGAAGCUCUGUGCAUUAACGGCUAAGAUUCAACGAUUGAAGCAAAGGGUAGCUUCAGGGGAGACCGGGAAUGUCGAUUACUACGCAUUGAUUGGUUUAAAACGUGGGUGCUCGAGGUCUGAAUUAGAGAGGGCGCAUUUGCUGCUUUGUUUAAGGCACAAGCCCGAUAAAGCCACCGGCUUUAUCGACCGGUGUGAGUUGGCCGACGAGCGGGAUCUCGACUCGGUUAAAGACAGAGCCAAGAUGUCGGCUUUGCUCCUAUAUAGAUUGCUUCAAAAGGGGUAUUCCAGCGUGAUGUCUGCUAUUAUGGAUGAAGAAGCGGCUGAGAAGCAAAGGAAGAAAGCUGCGGCGGCGACGGCGGCGGCUUUACAAGCAGCAAUUCAAGUGCAGCAAACACAGUGUUGUAACUCUAAAUUGGAACCUGAAACUGGUUUCAAUGACAGGGUUAAUUCGGGUGAAAACAAAGCCGCAACAAAUGCGUUUCAAGGUGUGUUUUGCAGGGAUCUCGCUGCGGUCGGGAGUUUGCUAUCACAAGUUGGGUUUAAUCGUCCGAUUCCGGUGAAGUACGAGGCGCUGAGCUGCUGAGUUUUGCUUGGAAAAUCAAUGCCGGGUCACUGUAGAUAGCUGCUCGUGAUGUUUUUUUUCCGGCAGAAGAGUCGCCGUUCAUUCACUGUCUGUAAAGAAAAAAAGAUCAAAUUUUUUUUUGCCUGCCGGAAAAUUUUGUCACCCUUUUCUGUUAGCUCCUACAUGUACAGUAAUUUCCCUUUAUUUUUGUUGUUGUUUCAGAACAGUAUUUUUCAAUAUUGAAUUUUUACAUUUUGGUACA